AUGGCUCUAUUCCAAAGUCUCUCUAAUCUUGCUAAUCUUUCAUAUCUUGAUAUUUCAUCAAAUGACUUGACGGGCAUUGUGGACAUUGAUAUGUUCAGAAAGCUAGAAAAGCUUGAAACUCUUGACCUUCAUGCCAAUCUACUACAUGGCAAGGUUCCUGUUCUACCAUCUUUUAUGCACAACUUUUUCACAUCGAACAAUAGAUUACGUGGGGAGAUCCCAUCUAUGAUUUGCAAUACAACUUUCCUUACAAUCUUGGACAUCUCUAAUAAUAAUUUGAGUGGUACAAUUCCAUCAUGUUUGGGAAACUUCAGUAAUUCUAUCUCAGUGAUGAAUUUGCGGAUGAAUAAUUUCCACGGCAUCAUACCUGAAAAUUUUGCAAAAGCUCUUCUGAAGUUACAAGUUCUUGUCUUGAGAUCCAACAAAUUUCAUGGUCCCAUUGAAAAUUAUGAGACUAGUGGGAUGUUUUUCUCUAAACUACGAAUUCUUGACCUGUCUCACAACAAGUUUAUUGGUCCUUUACCUUCCCAUUUUUUCAAAGACUUGAAAGCUCUAACAACCAAUGAAAAUGAAGAUGAUCCAAAAUAUAUUGGGGAAAACUUUUACCAUGGCUUGCCUAGGGAGUAUGUCAUGGAAAAUUAUUUGUUUCUUCAAUACCAAGACUCGGUCAUAAUAGCAAUGAAGGGAAAUGUACUACCGCUAAAGAAAAUCUUAACCAUCUUCUCUGUCAUUGAUCUAUCGAGGAACAUGUUUUAUGGAAAAAUUCCAAAAGUACUUGGAACGUUGAAGUUUCUUCAAGUGCUCAACUUUUCCCAUAAUAGACUAAAGGGACAUAUUCCAUCAUCAUUGGCAAAUUUGUCAAUGCUUGAAUCCUUAGACCUUUCUUCAAAUAUGCUUACCGGAGAAAUUCCUAUGCAAUUGACAAGUAUGAAAUUUUUGGCUGCGUUAAAUCUUUCACAAAACUUGCUUACGGGACCUAUACCUCAAGGAAAACAAUUUAAUACAUUUCAAAAUGUCUCAUAUGAUGGGAAUUUGGAAUUGUGUGGAUUUCCAUUGUCAAUGAAAUGUAGUACUGAUGAGACACAAUCACCACCACCGCCACCAUCAAUAUUCGAAGAAGACAAUGAUUCAAUGUUUGCAAGUGGAUUUGGUUGGAAGAGUGUGUUAAUGGGCUACGGAUGUGGAUUGGUCAUUGAAAUGACUAUGGGAUAUAUUGUGUUUAAAAUAGGAAAACCUCACUGGCUUGUAAGGUUCUUAACAAGUGGUAUCAAAUACGUCAAUGUUAAGAUGGGAGACUAUGAUCUACGAGAAAUAUUGAAAGAAUUACGGCAAAUGAUGAACGAAGUUUCAAAGAAGGUCAAGGUGUUUUCCAAAUCUCAUAAGGCCAUGAAAGAACUCUCAAAAUUGAAGGAGAAUACUAAAGCCUCAACCGAAAAAAAAAAAGAGCUAUCGAGUCUUGAAUCAAUGGGAACUGAAGUACAAACAAAGCCACAAGAGCCAGUAGCUAUUGGCAUGGAACAAGAACACACUGUAGGUAUUGAAGUUACUGUGAUUGAGCACAAAGACUUUCUUGGGCUGGAGCACGUUGAAGAGUGUUAUGAGUUGUCAAACCUAAGAUUCAGCUAG